GGCACUCUUAUAGUGUAUACAGUAUCAUAGUACCUAAGUUGAAUGCGAUCAUUUUAAAUUUGUUCUUCGAAAAUCAUAGUUGUAAUUAUCAAAGCUGUUAUACCUUUGUAAUUAUCAAAACAAAAAAAACGGCUAUGAUUCCAUAUAAAGUUUUAAUAAUAUUAACUUUUACAAUUAAUAUAAGCCACUGUGAAUAUUCUGAAGAGGAAAUUAAAAAAGAAUGCAAAAUAUGCGCUGCCACUUUAAGUCUUGUUGGGUUUCAAUAUAAAUUACCACUUAUAAAUUACAAUUUCGCAAUGCAAUAUACUGUUAGUAAGGAUAAAUCUUUCACAUUUGAAUCACAAUUAAGUAAUCAAUUAACCGAAGAAAAUAUAAACAAGCUAGAACAGGACUAUGAAAAAUCACUACUGUCAGAUAAAAGAAAAGAUUUUAUAAAUGCGUACUACAAUGAAAUCAUACAUUUUGAGCAUAAACUUACCCCGAUAAGUCCAAGAGAUUUUUGUAUAGAAUUUUGUGAGUAA